AUGGCUGCGGCAAACGGUAGAAUACGUUGUUUCACCUGUAAUAAAGAAAAGGCCACAUCGAAAUGUGCUGGUUGUUUGAAAGAUUUCUGUUAUAACCAUUUGGGUGAUCAUCGUCAACAAUUAGCAAUUCAUUUAGAUGAGAUUGAAGUUCAAAGAGAUCUCUUUCGACAAACACUCACUGAACAAGCGACUGAUCCACAAACACAUCCACUGAUCGAAGAAAUCGAACAAUGGAAAAAUGAUUCCAUCGAUAAAAUUCAUAAAACAGCUGAAGAACUCAAACAGAUAUUAUUUGAGCAUACUUCACGUCAUACACAUCAAUUAGAAGGAAAAUUAAAUACGUUGACAAAUCAAAUUCGAGAGUGUCGAGAGGAAAAUGAUAUUAUGGAAACAGAUUUAAGUCGUUGGCAAAAUGAACUUACAGAACUCAAUGAACAAUUAAUUAAACCGCAAAAUAUAACAAUUCAGUACGAUUCAACACCAUUAGUGACCAACAUUCACAUUGCAGAUACAUCCUCACUGAAUAAUUCUAAUGACGGUAAAACGACAGCAAGAAUUGUUCAGAAACCCUACGUAAAUCAAGAGAAUCAAGCAGUUAAUUUUCAUCUGUCAAAAGCUCUAUCAUGGUUACUACGGCAUGCAGUGACACAAGAAGGUAUACAAUAUCAAUAUGAUGGUUAUGUCUUUGUGGAGGAUGUACUCAGGCAUUCGACAUUCUCUAAUAAGUAUACGAUUCAAGACAUACGUCAAUGCGUCGAAACAAAUGAAAAACAACGUUUUGUGCUUAAAACUGAUCAGAGAACAGGAAAAGAAAUGAUUCGAGCACAACCAAGACAGUAG